UGUUUACCUUGCCAAGGAAAAUGCAAAACAACGAAGUGUUGAAACCAGCUAAGUACUUUUCUGAGUUGGAGAAGAAUGUCUUGCUGGCUCUGGUAGAAAAGUACAAAUAUGUCCUGGAGUGUAAGAAAAGUGAUGCACGUACUAUUGCUCUAAAGCAGCGCACCUGGCAAGCACUAGCCCAUGAGUACAAUUCACAGCCUAGUGUGUCUUUGAGGGAUUUCAAACAACUGAAAAAAUGCUGGGAGAAUAUCAAGGCAAGGACGAGAAAGAUAAUGGCCCAUGAAAGAAGAGAAAAGGUUAUGCGCUGUGGGCUUGGAUCCAGCAGUAUAAAAGACAAGGUUGCAAGCAUGAUUCCAGAUCAGAUCUACUAUGUGCAGACACCAUCUGAGGAGGAAAGCACAUAUAAUCAUGAAACCUCUAAUACAG